CCGCCCCGGCCCCGCUGCUCCGGGCCGCGAUUGGUUCGGACGCCUGCCCGUCAACGGCAGGCGCGGCUCUGAUUGGCCAGCGGGCGGGAUGACGCCGCCGGUUGUGAGGCCGCGGGGGCGAGGUGGCUGCGAGAACGGGGGCCGCGGCGAUUGGCCGGAGCCCGCGCGGCCGGCAGCCAAUGGCGAGGCGGGGCGCGGCCGGCCGCGGCGACGUCACGCCUGGCGGUUCCCCAUUGGCCGAGCGGGAUGCAGGCGAUCCCCGCGCGCUGAUUGGUGGAGGGCGCCGAGCAUCCCCCGGCGAUCACGUGAUUACCGGAGCCGGGUGGGGGGGGCUCCACGGCCGGUGCUGUGGGGGCAGAGCCAUGAGUGUGGGCUGAGCCCCCCCCGCCGGGACCUGCGCCCACCCCGAGGCAGGAUGCGGGGGGCGCAGCGGGCGCUGUGCCUGCUGCUGGUGGCCUCGGCCUCGCUGGCCGCGCUCUACCUGCACCUGUGGGCACCCAAGGGCCCCCCCAGCGUGGACCUGCGCCGCCCCCCCCCCGAGCGGCUGCCACCCCCUCUGCCGCCCCCCGCCCGCGCCUACCCCCACGUGCCCUUCCGCCUCAAGGAGGAGGUCAUGGAGCUGCUGCCCAGGAACGGCUGCUCGUGCGAGGCGGAGGCCGAGGCGGGGCUGGCGCUGCCGCUCCGCCGGCGCCUCUUCGGGCCCGGCCCGGCGGGGCUGGACUUCGCCAGCGCCUUCGCCCCCGGGGAGCGGCCGCGGCAGCUGCGGCUGCGGGAGCGCGAGUACCGCAAUUACCGGAACCGGGUGCAGACCCCCGCCGACCGCCUGCUCAUCGUCCCGGCCAACUCCCCUCUGGAGUACCCGGCGCAGGGGGUGGAGGUGCGGCCGCUGCAGACCGUGCUGGUGCCCGGGCUCAGCCUGCAGGCGCCGGCCAGGAGCAGGUACCAGGUGAACCUGACGGCCUCGCUGGGAACGCUGGCGGUGGCGGCCGAGGUGGAGGGCGUGGCGCUGCGCGGGGAGGGGCAGCCGCACCUGUCCUUGGCCGCCGCGCACCUGGACCACCUGAACCGGCAGCUGCAGUUCGUCACCUACACCAACACCCAGUUCCACCCCGACACCGCCGACAUCGUGCAGUUCUCCACCGACGGCCACUCCGCCGCCUUCGCCAUCCGCAUCCGGCACCCGCCCACGCCCCGCCUGUACGGCCCGGGGACCGCCAGCGACAGCGACGGGGACAGCGACAGCGACAGCAGCGGGGACGGGGGGUACAACAUCUCGGCGCUGGUGACAGUGGCCACCAAGACGUUCCUGCGCUAUGACAAACUGCGGGGGCUCAUCGCCAGCAUCCGCCGCUUCUACCCCUCUGUCACCAUCGUGGUGGCCGACGACAGCCAGCGCCCCGAGCCCCUGUCCGGGCCCCACCUGGAGCACUACCUCAUGCCCUUCGGCAAGGGCUGGUUCGCCGGGAGGAACCUGGCGGUGUCGCAGGUGACCACCAAGUACGUGCUGUGGGUGGACGACGACUUCAUCUUCACGCCCCGCACGCGGCUGGAGAAGCUGGUGGAUGUGCUGGAGAGAACCAGCCUGGACCUGGUGGGCGGCGCGGUGCGGGAGAUCACCGGCUACACCACCACGUACCGGCAGCGGCUGAGCGUGCGCGGGGGCGGCGCGGGGGGCGACUGCCUGCGGACCCGGCCCGGCUUCCACCACCGCCUCGCCGGCUUCCCCGCCUGCGUCGUCACCGACGGCGUCGUCAACUUCUUCCUGGCCCGCACCGACAAGGUGCGGCAGGUGGGCUUCGACCCCCGCCUGCGCCGCGUGGCUCACCUCGAGUUCUUCAUCGACGGGCUGGGGGUGCUGCACGUGGGCUCGUGCGAGGACGUGGUCGUGGACCACGCGUCCAAGCUGGCGCUGCCGUGGCGGCGCUCGGAGGGCGAGCGCCAGUACAACCGGUACCGGUACCCGGCGGCGCGCGACGACAGCCUGCGCCUCAAGCAGCGCCUCUUCUUCUUCAAGAACCGCUUCAAGUGCAUGGCCGGCGACUAGGGGUGGCCACCAGCCCCGGGCUCCGCCGGCCAGCCCCGGGGCGCCGCGGGGCCGCUGACACCGCGGUGACGCCGCCCCCGGGCACCCCGCGGGCUGCCGGCGCUGGCCACCCCCGGGGUGCCACUGACACAGAGGUGGCACAGGGCCACCAGGGCCACGCCGUGGGCAUCGCUGACCCCAGGCCACCAGCACGGGCCAGCUGAAGGGCACUGCUGCCAGCCACCCCUCCGGUGUCCCCAGAGCCACAGCCGUGGCUACUCCGUGGGCCACCGGCCACAUCUGGGGCACCCCCAGGGCCACCGACCCCACUGGGCCAUCUCCUGUGGGCCACCCCCAGGGCCACCGUUGUUGGCCACUUCCAGGGCUACCAACCUUGGGGUGGCUGCCCCUUUGGGCCACCCCGGGGGCCACCACCCCCGGCUGCCUCCAGGGUGCCCACGGGGCCGGGACACUGGCGUGACACAGGGCCACCACCCCCGGGGUGGCCAGCUCCAGGGCCACUGCCACUAUGGUCCAGCUCAAGGGUCAGCCUCCCUUGGGCCACCCCGUGUGCCACCACCACUGGCCACCUGUGGGACACCCCCAGCACCCCCUCCCCACCCGUGGCCACCCCCAGGGCCAUCCCAUGGGCCACCACCGAGGGCCACUGCCAUGGGCCACCACCCAGGGCCACCACGGGCCCGCGGGGUCCCCGCAGCCCCCCCGCCCCCCCGCGGUGUUUUUAGCUCUUUUGUACUUUGGGGGUGGGGUGGUGGCGGGGUCCCCCCGGGUCCCCCCCGUCGCCCCCGACUCAGUUUUCUAUUGCCGGCCCCUCCCCCGCGCUGCCGCCAGGAUUUUUGUGCCAAGUCUCGGCCCCUCCCCCCAGGACCCCCGAGCCCCCGGGGUGGGGGAGGGGCUGGGGGAGGGGCUGCCCCCCCGCCCUUUUCUACCCAAUGGAUGGUGAGAUUUUAACCA